UUGUUCUGCACAUGCUUGGUUUAAUCAGUUAAUAAUAUUGACAUCAUAAUUAUUUACAAAUGACUUAAAAGAUUUGAGAGCCGCACUCUGUAUAUAGCUCUAAAAUGGUAUAAGAAAGUAUUUAAUUUCAGUAGUAUAUUGAUAUAAAUACUACCACAAUGGUAUGUUUUUAACAUUGGCAACAUGUGCGAGUGAGACGCGCCCCACUUUUGCUAUCUCAAGUGGACCGUUUUCUCUGGUCUGGGAAGAACACCUUUCUGCCUCCGUGAUAAGGUUCAAUUUACUAUAACAAAAAAAGUUAGAGUGUGCUCCACUUUAUAUCUCCAUGAUCACAGCGGAAUCGAAAUAAACGUCAAUAUUGACAUGUCGUUUAGUUAUAGAUCUUUUAAAGAUCUUAAACGUGUCUUUAUCAUUCUUCGAAUCGGGCCGAAAGUUAAAUUUGCAAAGGCACUCCCUUAAAGAGUAGGUUGUGUCCUAUACAAAACUUAAUGAACUGUUUACACUUAAGGAGUAUUUGGGUCAUUCCUGUUCCUACUUAAUUGAAUUAUUGAACACCGUUAUCUUGAUAAAAAACCCUACUAAUAAUUCGAAAUCCUUAUCUUUCUACGUCACAGCUUAUCGUUGUAGAAGGAGAGCUAGCUGCAAAAAAUUCAGCUCAUUUUAUAACGAUUACAUUUAUUAUGGUUAAUUUCUGGACUACCAUAUUCUGGUUGCUGAAGUCAGCGGUUAGGAAGCCCCUCCCUUCCUCCUUUGAUGUGUAGAAAAUUCAAUUCGAGAAAAGGAUGGUACGGCCUAGAUGCUUUUUUGCUCGACUUGGUGGGGGCACUGCCGAUAAAUUAGAUUUCAGAUUAGGUACGGUUUUUUUGUGUAAGUUUGUAAUAAAUACUACUAACUAGAACUAAUCCUGACUGUCAUGAUGAAAUUGAUGAUUACACACAGAUGACCCAAAAAUACGUUGACAAAGUUUUUUUUUAAUGUGCAUAUUGUUAAUACAUAAUUUUACACAGCCAAAGGAGAACAUUUUAAAGAUAAAACAUGUAUGUUGACGGCACCAAUCAUGGGACAGUUAAAGAUAAAACAUGUAUGUUGACGGCACCAAUCAUGGGACAGUUAAAGAUAAAACAUGUAUGUUGACGGCACCAAUCAUGGGACACUUAAAAGAUAAAACCUGUAUGUUGACGGCACCAAUCAUGGGACAGUUAAAAGACAAUUUGGAGUAUUUUUGAUAUUUCACCGACAUCUGUAUAAUUUCUAAAGCUUUAUGCUUUAAAAGUUGAAUGUCCAAUUCAUCCUUUAUGUUUUCUAUGUAAUAAAAAAAUAUAUGAAUAAUGAAUGAAAGCUACUGCAAUUGGUUUCAAUAGUAUUAACCAAUUAAAACUGUGGUUUUUUACCCCAGUCAUGGGAUGUAUGGUGCCAUUAAUUUUCAAACUAACAAAUAUCAAUGAAAAAUUAAACUUAAGCAGCUCUUUGGCUCUUGUUUAUGGUAAAAUGUUGCCAGCGAUUAAAAACUGACGGUAAAAACUUGUUUUACAGAAUUUGUCCAUACCAUCCCAUGCCUGUUCCAUUAUGAGUUGUUUCCUAUAAGUUAUUUCAGUCAAAUGAUUUGAAUUUUUAAUGACAUUUUAUAAAAGACGUGUAAGUAAGAAAAAUAUCGGUAAAAUAAAUUGCCAAGAAUAUUCUUGGGCCCACCUGUACAUGGUUCGGAAGUAUACUAAAACUAGAACAAAACAAUUAAAAUUUGACUGCCGGCUCUCAGUCUACUGCGAAUCAUGGCCAAAGAUAUCACCUCGGCUACACAUACACACCUAUGUAACACCUAUAGUUCUGCGUAACCAUUUGUUUACAUUCAGCUUUAGUGAGUUUGUCUGUUAUUGCUAGCGUAGCGAACUGCAUCCCUGUUCUCUUAGACACUGUAUUUACCAUAAAUCUGUUGACUUCAAUGUGAAAUAGUGAAGUAACGAGUGAGGCGGUGCAAUAAGACGCGAUGGGAGUGCCGAUGUUGAAGAACUGUUGCUUUUGCGCGAGUUUACACACAGGAAUGCUCAUUAUAGCGUAUUUGUAUUCAAUAUGGGCUCUAGUAGAGCUGAUAGGGUACUGUCUAAUAGUGACGUUUCGUCCGCUGGAGUCGGUUCGCGGCGACGGCGGGCUGUCCAUGAGCAAGUACGUCACGUUCGUGGUGUCGGCGGGCGUGACGGGAGUGCAUCUGCUGUGCUCGCUGCUGCUUAUACUGGCGGCAUACAAGAAGCUGUCAUACCUCACGCUGCCAUGGACGAUAGUGACCGGUCUCCUGACGGCGAUGUACUUCGUGCUGUGUCUGACCGGCAUCAGCCUCGUGCUGCAGGACUCGGGAGAGCAGCUAGGGAUGGAGGCCGUCUUCAUCUGCGUGCAAUUCGUCAGGAUCUGCAUCUCCGUGUACUGCAUCAUGGUGGUGCACAGCCGCCACAAGCAGAUCAUGGCGGAGGAGGACGAGCACCGCUUCCUACAAUCAGGAAGAAUCAACAAGGGGAAGAACGAAGACUAUCCUCUCAUACGAAUAUAGAACUGCUACCUUA